UUCGCUGUUAUGACUAAAUGUCUGGAGCAAGCGACGCCAGACAGAAGCACGGACUAAGCAACCCGACUUCAGGAAGGAACAAGAAGCUUUAAACGGGGAUUUUUGGGACAGCGGAACAAAAGAGGCUCUCAUUAAUUUGAGGAGCCCAACCCUGACACCUUGCAGCCAUGAGUUCUCAGUCGAGCUUUGGCACCAGUUUGAUGUUCCAGGCUAUGAAUGAUGACCUGAAUGCAUCAAUGGCAACAGCUGAUGAGUUGUCCAAAGAGUUCAACUCCCUGAUGAGUGAGGCCUCAUCCAGCGACAACAGAAUGUCUGCACCUCAAACCAGCUCUACAAUCUCCAGCGAGAUGCCUAUGUCCAGCACCUCUAGCUACACCAGAGACUCAAGUGGCAGUAAUGGCAGCUCCAGCUCUUUCCCGUUCUCCCCGAGCUCAACAACCUUCAAUCCCCCCGACUUGGUCUUCUCCAGCAAUAAGAGCGUGCCAUCCAACCCUGUCUUCUCCUCCAGCUCUCUUUCAUCCCCCAACAUCCACAGACACUCUCCGCUUCCCCGAACUGGAUCAGAGAGCUACUCGUACAGCCAGCUAAGUCCCAAACAUUCCCCUCAUACCCGGAGACGUAAUUCCCCCUCGCGUUACGACAGAAGCCCACGAGGCUCAAUAAGCUACGCUGAAAGAAGUCCAUCCCCGAACCGCGCAGCUGUGUCUCUCGAUCAGUCACCACGGUCAGCCCCAUUCCAUGGCCCCCCAAACCUACUGAGCCCUUAUGAGAGCGGCCAGAUGGGCCGCAGGUCACCUCGGCGGGACAGAAGCCCCUCUCCUCUGUCCUUCAAUCAAAUAUCCAACACACUGCCUCGAAAUGUUGGCGGCUUUAGGACAAUUGAUGAGGGUGUGAAGCGUCAGAAGAGCCCUGGCAAGUGGAAUGAGACAGAUCUGGACAUGUCCUACGACAAGAAACCGCACCACACCUAUGACAAGACAGAGUGGCUACGGCAGUCUGUGCCAAACAGCAGCUGGAAAGAGUCCAACCUUGAUGGCCCUCCUCCAGCCUCCAGCCUUAAAAAGGAUCCUCGUUCUAAACCCCUCCAGUAUGCGAAUGCUUCUCUCCCCCGCAACAUACGUAUAGCAGUACCCCCAGAUGUUUCAUCCCCAACCCACUCCCCUUACCACCCCCAGCCCAUCAUUUCCCGCAUUUCUAUUCCCCCAACUCCUACUGCAUCCCGCCAGCGCAAGCCUAUACCCCUCUCCGUCAUCAUGCGUCUUCAAAACCCUCGCUGGGUAGCGAUGGCAACCCGCCACCCUGGAAACCUUGGAGGAGUAGGUGACAUGGGUCCUUACCAACCAGCUGUACCUUUCCCCAGGGAAUUCUUCCACCAACCUGUGGUUCAGCCACUGCAACACCCUCCUGAGCUGAGACAGCCCACAAUAUACAGCGAUGCGCUGAACCCAGGUGACAUAGACGCGGAGAUAGAGCGCCUGGACUUUGUCCAACACAUGUCUGCGAUUCAGGAGGAUGAUAACACGCCAGAGGGCAGCGCAGAGGUCAAUCAGAGUGCGGCCAAAGCUCCUCGGCCCCUCAGCCCCACCAGGCUGCAACCAGUGGUGGCUCCCGAGGCCCAGAGCCAGGUGGUCGCCGACGUUGAAGAGCUGCUCCGCAUCCGGGGAGAAAUCCCUCGAGCCCUGAAGAGACGAGGCUCCAUGGAUCAGCCGGGGUCUCUGAAGAAGGCCUCUCAUUACCAACCGAACCAGUACAAGAAUCUCAUCGACAAGCUUUUUCGCAGGAAGGAACGAAAACAGAGGGGGGAGCGUGGCAGCGAGACCAGCAGCUCCUCAGAUGAGGAGGAUUGUGCCAUGCCUCCUGCGCCUCCACCUACAUCUCAUAGUUCGCGUAUCCCCCUUGACUACAAAAGCUAUCAUUCCAUUCUGCGGCGGGCCAGUAGGGAGCGCAAAGGUUCUGGGAAAAGAGCUCGACUCAGCCCACUUGUUCUGGUGCUGGACGGAGCCUUGGUCGGAGAACUGGAAACAGUGCAGAGGGCCGUGCAGGAGAUGAUCGACCCUAGCCAGCCCAAUGAUGAAGGAAUCACUGCCCUUCACAAUGCCAUCUGCGGAGGCCAUUACAAUGUGGUGGAUUUCCUGGUUCGCAUUGGAGCCAAUGUCAGCGCACCAGACAGUCACGGCUGGACCCCUCUGCACUGCGCAGCCUCUUGUAACGACCGUCCUCUGUGUGAGUUUUUGGUGAGGAAUGGAGCUGCUGUCAUGGCGAUGACGGAGAGCGACAGUGCCACCGCCUCCCAGAAGUGUGAUCCUUACGCUGUUGGAUACGAAGAGUGUGAGAGCUUCCUGAGCGGUGUGGAGGAGGCCAUGGGGGUGGAGAACAGCGGGGUGUUGUAUGCUCUGUGGAACUACCCGGCUCAGGCAGCCGAUGAGCUGAGUUUCAGAGAUGGAGACAUGGUCACCAUCCUGCAGAAAGCUGAGGGCUCGAAUUGGUGGUGGGCCUCACUCUGUGGCAGGGAAGGCUUUGUACCAAACAAUUACUUUGGGCUUUUUCCAAAGACUCGGCCAAAAUCUCUCUGCUAAGUCGCCUUUUGAUGGAACAACGUCAGCGCAGAGGACCGUCUGAAAAGCUGUGCGUUACAGCUUCACACUGCUUUUGAGAGAACGGUGUCUGUGUGAUUAUGAAAGCCUGCAUCGCUGUAGCACAUGAGAAAUGUUUCUGAUAUGUCCGGCAAGGAGAGUUGAAGGAGAAGUCGCAGUAUUCAAUUUGUUCUCACUGACAUGACAAGUGUCUGUAGAAGACGUAUUUUGUGCUGGUUCUGCUGUAUGAUAUUUUUCCUCGUUCCGCUACAGUUUUGUACUCUGCUAAACAUUUCUGUCCAGCAAUGCCCGUCUAACCAAAAUCUAAAACAGGUCAUAUCUCAGCUGUGUACAUUACUGACUCAUUUGAUGGUUUUUAAUCAGCAUGCAUUCAGUGCAUGUAGAUGUUUAGUCCACUCACCACACUCAUCACAAUGUAGCUUUACAAUAUACUAGAUAGGUUUGUUUAGUUUAGAAAAAGGGCUGCUUAAACAAGAUACUCACUACAGGAACAGCGAUUUCAGCUUCUACAACAGAGACAUUAAAAACGGUUUAACUAAAGGUCAAUGAUCAGGAUUCGUUAGAGAUCUUUUAAUCACAUUGGAUGCAUUUUCUUCAACAUAUUGAAUUUAUGUUUUUCAGCAAACAGUUUGCGUUGAAAUGUUGCUUGCUCUUUGUCUUCACACUUAAAGGAACUAUUGUUUGAAGCAACUAUUUCUCACCACAGCUGAUCCUUAUAAAAACGACAUUCUAAGGGCUGAAUAUUAAUUUUAAACGUUGGUGUAUAAUAUUUUUCAGUUUGUGGCUGUAGAUUUUUUACAUAAUAGUUAAAGCAGCUUUUGAAGAAACCUGAUAGCCCCUGGCUGGUUCCCACUUGGCCCCAGUCUUACACAGAGUGUAGGUCCGUCAUGCUGCCUAUAUGAAUUAAUAUCUUUUUUAGGAGAACUUUUAAUCACAAAGAUACUGGUCUUGUGUGGUUGUUGUUGUUGUGUGUGUGUGUGUGUGUGUGUGUGUGUGUGUGUGUGUUUGUGUAUUCACAGAAUGAAUGAUUUGUAAUGCAUUUGUUUUCAUGUGUCAGUUUUCAUUGUAACACCUUUGUUUCAUUGACUGAUGGGUUUCACAGUGCACACAUUUUUAGAUGUGCAAUAAAAACAUGAGUCUAAUU